GAUACCGGUUGUAGAAGUUAGAAGUUCAAGUAGAAUUUAAUACUAGUAGUACACAACUUUUCGAAAAUGUUUUAAGCCUGAUUUUUCUAAUAAUAAUAUUAGAUUAAAAUCGCCUCUUCUUUAAGUUUAACAAUAAUAUAUCCUGUGAAAUAUAUUAUGACUUACAUUACAGGAACCUCAGCUUCGAAACUCUCAAUUAAAUCAAGUUUUGACUUCUAAGUUUUAGUACUAUUCUGUCUAGUAAUGUCAUUGAAUUAAAGAAAACUGUAUAAUUAAAACAAAGCCAAUGGAAAAUGAAAAUAGAAACCAGUCUGUGUGUAUUGUGGUUUUGGGAGACUUUGGAAGGAGUCCACGUAUGCAGUAUCAUGCUUUAUCUCUUGCCAACGAAGGCUACCAUGUUGAUGUAGUGGCAUAUGGAGGAAGUAAGCUUCAUGAGGAUAUUCUUUCAAAGCAGAAGAUUAGCCAACAUUUAAUGGCUGACCUACCAGACUUUGGAAGAUAUUUUCCUCGUCUUCUUGUAUACUUGCUGAAAGUUAUUUGGCAGUCUUUGAUUGUACUGUACACUUUGUUUUCUUUGAGACGGCCAGGUUAUGUACUUGUACAGAAUCCUCCAUCGAUACCCACUCUUCCUCUUGUGUGGUUUUAUUGCUACUUGUUCCCUAGCUGUAAGAUGAUUGUGGAUUGGCACAAUUAUGGCUACACUAUCUUAAGCUUAACUCUUGGAGAAUGCCAUCUACUGGUGAAACUUUGUAAAUGGUGUGAAGGCUUCUUUGGAGCAAAAGCAUUUGGCCAUUUUUGUGUUACCAAGGCAAUGAAACAUGAUCUUAGUGCUAAGUGGAAUAUCAAUGCAACAGUUCUCUACGAUCGUCCUUCGGCAAGAUUUUCUUCCGUAACGACUGAACAGAGUCACAAUUUAUUUGUAAAACUAAUGCAACAAAAUUCUGCAUUUGAACCAAGGUAAGACUAGAGGAAAUUA